AUGACCUCUGAUAAUCUUAAAUUUAUGAAAGACAAUCGUGGCUUGCCACCAAAAAAAGCGAACUUUUUAGGAAUAAUAGGAGGAGCGGGUUACAACAUUAAUCGCAUCAUCGGUGCUGGUAUUUUUAAUCCUAAUAGUAUAUGGAUGAUUGUUGGGUCACCAGCUGUUAUUUUAAUGUUUUGGAUUUUGGGUGGCAUUAUUAGCUUACUUGGCACUUUAAUAUAUAUUGAGUUGGGCAUUAGGUCGUUACCUAAAGGAAUAGGUGAACAAAGAUACAUUGAUAAUGCGUUUCCAACUGAUUCUUAUUCUUGCGCCCAACAUUUGCUCUAUCUCGUUGACAUAAAUCCUGAUCCUCAACAAUAUUUUAGCAAGGAUUACAUGAUCCUACGUUUAUUGGCAAUUAUUAUUUUGGCAAUUAUUACGGGAUAUAAUAUGUAUUCUAAUAGAUUAUCUGUCUUCAUAAAUCAAGUAUUAGCCUUCAUUAAGAUUGGUGCUAUAUUUUUUAUUUCAUUGUAUGGAUUAAUAAAAUUAACAGGACAAAAUAUUACAAAUUGGAAUGAGAUUUUCAACAAACCAUCAAAAUACGUUGGAGCAUAUAGUAAUGGAAUAUUAAAGGUAUUAUUUGUAUAUGAAGAUACAAUUGAAGAAUUACAAGAGCCAAAAGAUAAAAAAUUAAAAUAUUCAAACCUUAUUAGUAUUGGUGUUUCCUUUAUACUUUACUUUCUCAUUAAUGCUGCUUUCACGAUAUCGCUUGGGCAUGAUUUUUCCAUUGAUGAGAGCGGGUUUAAUCAGACUAUUGCUUUUAAUAACAGUAUUGCCCUACAGUUUGGUUACAAACUUUUUAAUAAUAAUGAAAUUGGAGCAAAGUUUAUGUCUGCACUUGUCGCAAUUUCUGCUUUCGGAGCUGUGGGCACGAUGGUUUUCAUUUAUGCACGAAUUAUAAAAUAUGCUGCCUUAACAAAGUUCAUACCUAAAUAUUCUCACAAAUUUGACAACUGCAAUAAUGACUAUGGUACACCAAAAAAUGCAUUAUUUGUACAGUUUAUUUAUUGUUCAAUUUUCCUUCUUCUUUUUUUCGAUCCAACGGAUGAUCUUUUUGAAUUUUUUUCUGAUACAUCUCAAUAUUUGGCUAUGAUGUUUCAUGCCGCUAGUGCAAUUUGCUUAUUAAUCAUAAUAAGCAACAAUGACUCCGACUCUAGCUCUAUAAAAAAUGACGAUGAUUCUAACGCUAUAAAAAGCAAUGAUGACUCUAACACUAUAAAAAACAACGCUGACUCUAACACAAUAAAAAACAACGAUGACUCUAACACUAUAAAAAGUAACGAUGACUCUAUCGCUAUAGAAAGCAACGAUGGCUCUAUCGAUAUAAAAAACAACGAUGACUCUAACACUAUAAAAAGCAACGAUGACUCUAUCGCUAUAAAAAACAAUGAUGACUCUAACACUAAACCUCGAUGGAUUAUUGUAAUUUAUCUUCGAUGUAUUAUUGUAAUUUAUCUUAUACUCGUAGGUUUAAUUGCCAUCACAUCAUUUUUCCCACCUGGACCCGGCCAAUUUGAUUAUUAUAUACCAUACGUAGUAUCUGUGGCAGCAACAAUUGUUGGAGGAAUCAUUUGGCAAUUUCGUGAUUAUCCGGAAAAUUCCGAAGAUACCGAAUCUUUAAGACAUGAAAUAACUGAUGGAUCUGAAAUAUCUGAAAAGGUCUGA